AUGUCCGCUUUGUGUCUAUGUCCGAAUGCCGAUCUUUUACCCCACGCGAUUUCAUUUUGUGCAAAAAUAAUUGUUAUUUCCGUUUGUAGUUUGGUUAUUAAGGUGAAAAUGUAUAGAAAUAAAAAGGACGUUGACAAACACGUGGAGAAUUUGAUAUCCAAACUCUCGGUAAAAGAGUUCAAGACUCGAGCAUAUUCCGUGGCCCGAUUAUAUUACGAAGUAGGCGAUUAUGCUAGCUGUCAACGUUACGUUGAGCAAUAUCUCACCCAAAAGGAUAAUAAUGCAGCGGCAUACAAGCUUCUUGGUCAGGCAUUGCAUAAAUUAGGGCAAAAAGAAAAAGCCCUUGAACAGUAUAAAACAUCUCUUGAUAUAGAUCCAACUCAAACAAGCACUAUAUUGGACAUUUGUGAACUUCUUGUUGAUGAUGAAAUCAACAUUGACUUAGGGCGUGCCAAAUACUGGUGUGAAAAAGCCGAAGCCACAUUCCCACGUCAUCCCAUUACAUUUAGAUUACGGGAGAAACUGGUUUCUGUUUCUAACCCCAACCCUGAGGCACUUGUUAACUUAUUAACAGCUGAAUUGGCAAUCAGCCCUAAAGAUCCACUACUUCAUGCACGUCUUCUUAAACAUUACAUCCACACAAAUCAAAUUAAAGAAGCAGUCAAUCAUAGUUGCAAUGUGGAAUUUGGUGAGAAGACUUUUAGAUACAAUUAUGCAUGGUAUGAAACUUUAGCUGAACUUUUGAAGCACAACUCACAUAACUAUAAUGACUGGUUAUUCCAAUUACUACUGCUAACAGUCAGAGAACGUAUGUGCAUUUUGAGUUUAACUGACAUGCCAAGUUCAUCUAAAAGUUUGAAUGAAGCCAAUGAGCUUAUAUUUCUUUAUGAUCAGGACAUUGAAAAAGUAUCUAAAGCUGGAGUCACACCUGGAUUUGGAGAAUUUCAUGCUAGUCUGUUGCAACAUCACAGGGGACAAUUUGUUUUCCAUGCAGCAACAUUAUUAUUAAAGAAAGCAAAAAAAGACCAGUUAAGUUGGAGCCUUGCUACACAAUGUGCAGGGCCUUUAAUGUUAAUGGCAUGGCACAUAGCACCUAACAAUAUCAAAGCAAACUGGUUGUCUAAUGCUCCUGAGAAACAAAAGCAGGCAGCACACCGAUGGUAUUAUGAGGGAGCAUACAGAUGUUCACAGGCUGGGCAUUAUUUAAUAUCAAACAGUAGGGAUAAAAAUCAAUCUUAUGUUGAUCAAAUUUCACAAUGUUGUUCAGGAACUCAUUGGAGAGACAAAAUGUAUGAAAAACUAUUUACUUCAAGACCUCAUUUAGCCAAAAUAAAAUCUUCUCAUUUUGUAGCAUCUGGUACAUAUAACGCUCCUAUUUUGAGGCUGCCAAGAAAAACUGAAGUAGAAGCUUUUGAUGCUGAAGCUCAAAUGGAAUAUCCUAAUUCACUCCAUCAUUUUGUUUGGAUAUUACUCCAUUAUAAAAAUUUUGCUCAAUUCAAGUGCAGCAUUUUUGAUGCCUUGACACCUAGUGCAACUAAUACUGGCCCAGAGUCAAUGAAUAAAAUUGAUAUUCAAGCCUUCCUUUACUGCUCUGCAUUGACAUCAAAACAACAGAAACCAAAUAAUCUACAUUAUGUUUCCUCUGACAAACCAAUCAUAUUACCUGCUAAUAUAACAGAUUUGUUGUGUACUUUAUCUCAAUUAAAAUGGUGGGACUGUGCAUACAAAUUUAGUCAAAAUGAGUUGGGAACAGAAUUGACUGAUAUUCGUGGAACAUUAAGUAGAGGCAUAGAAGUGGUAAGAUGUAUUGAUUCUCAUGGUUUGGAUCCAGAGCUGCUAUGUCAGCUUGGUAGAAUUUUCAGUGAAAAAUCUAAACUUGCCUCAGAAAUUGAAGAAAGAAAUAAUCUAGAACAAAGAGCUGGACUAUAUUAUUCUUCUGCUAUACCACUUCUAGAAAAAUUAAAAAGUAGAAUAGUCAUCAAAUUACCAGAGAAAAGAAUGUUUGAUUAUACACAUAAAGAAUUUAAUUCCAAAGAUCUGAAUUCUUUGAUUGAAGAGAGUAAGUUAUUUGUAGCAAUGACCUAUGUUAGUGAAUGUGAAUAUGACAAAGCAAUAGGAUUACUUUCAAGCUUAAAAUCACCUGAAGCUCAAUAUCAUCUUAGUCAGACUUACAGAAAACUUGCUCUAGAUGAAAAUAAUCAAGGAGACAAAUAUGUUUCAUUAUUAUUAAAGGCUAAAACCAUGGCUUAUAAGACUUUGGAUGGAUGGCAAAAUUCUGAAAGACAUAAGAACAAUCCUUUAUUUUCUGAUACACAAGAGUUAAUUGAUGAACUGGAUUCUCUUAUGAAUAAAAUAGAUCCUGACUUAACUGGUCUUGUGGCCAAUGAUGUAGAUGGAAAGUAUUAUUCAAAUGAAAAUGUUUCUUUGCUUGGUUGUGACCAUACAGCUAUGCAAAGUAAGUUUCCCAUGUUUCGCAAUCUCAGUUCUACACCAAAAGCACCAGUAAAUUCAAAUAAUAUAACUAAUUAUAGAACAGCUGUUGAUAAUCAACUACUAGAGAGUACUCAGGUGGAUCAACGAUAUUUGGAAAGAAUAGAAACAGAAAUAAAAAAUUUACAAAAACGAGACACAACUAUUAAUAAUUUUAUGGAAGAAACUAAAAAAUGGUUUGAAGAGAAUCGAAAAUUAGGUAAUGAAAUUAUUACAACUAUUCAUUCCAAUAUACAAAACACUACAGAUCAGUUUAAACUUCUAAAAAUAUCGGUGGAUCAGGUUAAAGAUCAAAUUGAUGAAUGCAGAAAUGAAUGCAAGGAUGUCGGUGAAUUAAAGAAACAAAUUGCAGAAAUGAAAAAAGAAAUAAAUAAGUUAAAGAAAACUUCUUCAGAACACAACAUUGAUGAGAGCGAUUUGUAUAAUUUGGAAGAUGAUUACAGAACAAGUGAAAGUACUUCAACUUUUACUCCUCAGCUACCUUUUGUGCCCCCAGUGAUGCCUCCAUUUAACCAACGACUUGUACCACCUUUUCCUGUUCCUCCAAACCCUUACCAUCUUUAUGGUCAAAAUUUAUAUAAUUUAUAUAGCCAAUAUUCUCAGUUUGGGCAAUCGUCACAAGUACCUGGUGCACCACCGAUAUUCGACCCCAAUAGAGGUCAGGUAAAUUAUCCAGGAGUUUAUCCAACACCUGAGGCUAUGUAUUUAGACGUUGCUCAAUUAGUACAACCGCCCAUACCAGCAACGCCUGCUGUGUCUUUACCUACGGCACAGGUAGCAUCGUCAUUAUCAGCAGGGCCAUCUAUUCCUACAAUACCAACUGUAUCAAUGCCUGCUCCAGCAACAACAGUUAGCAUUACUAAACCUAUUUCAAAGAUAGAAUCAAAAGAUAUACCCAGAUCAUUACCAGUUAAUGUCGUUAUUACUUCUUCAGAUCCGUUACCGACCUGCACUACUAUUCCCACUCCUAUUUUGAGUGUCACUAUACCAUCUAAACAUAUCAAAGGAAGCCCACAUAAUUAUCAAAUACCAAUGCCAGUGACAACUGAUACGAAAGUGAUUUCACCACCUGUCUUCAGUUUCCCAUCAGCAGAUAACAAGUUGCCCUUAAAUAAAACAGGAAACACGUCAAAUAAUAGUUGGAGUCAAGUAUCAGUUUUUAAGACAGCUGUGACUGCUAGUACUGCUCCAGUAUCAGACGUGACUACUGAUUCACUGUUUAACAAUUCAAGAUCUGAUGACUUGUUUGAAAUCUCAAAAAGCGUUGUAGAUGGAGUGUUAAAUACAUCCAAUGUAAGUCACAAUAAGUCCAGAACUUUAUCUGAAAAAAGCAACACUUCUGUUGAAUAUGAUCCUUGUCCAGACUUUCAACCAAUAAUACCUUUGCCAGCAGAAGUAACAGUGACAACAGGUGAAGAAGACGAGACUAUUAUUUUCAGUUCAAGGGCGAAGCUAUUUCGAUUUGUGGAUAAACAAUGGAAAGAAAGAGGACUAGGAGAAAUAAAGCUUCUAAAACAUAAAGUUACUGGAAAAGUACGUGUCUUAAUGAGACGUGAACAAAUUCAUAAAAUUUGUGCAAAUCAUAUUAUAACUUCUAACAUGGAAAUAAAACCUAUGAAAAACGAAACAAAAGCUUACUUUUGGGUUGCAAAUGAUUUUGCUGAUGAGACUGUAAUAUUAGAAAAGUUUUGUGUACGUUUUAAAACGGCAGAUAUUGCAACACAGUUUUAUGAAAAAUUUGAAGAGGCUCGUAAAGAAUCGCCAUCCAGUAAUGUUAGCUCUGACAAAGUUCACCAAGAUAAAAAGUUACCUGAGAAACAAAUUACACCUGUGAAGAAUAAUUCAGACACUUUUAGUGUCCUACAGUCAAGUAAACCUGGUUUUACUGUAGGUGGUUUCACAUUUAGCUCUACGCCAUCAUUUAAGCCUGUCGUAGAAGACGAUAAAGCUGAGAGUAAACCAGCAGAAUCAUCUGCGAAUAAAGCUAAUAUCUUUAGCUCAUUUAGCUUUAAAUCCAACACAAGUAGUUCUUUUGGUAAUAUUUUUACUGCACCUGUUUCACAGUCCGUCAAUGCUAGUAUUGCGCCAGAAGAAAAGGAAGCAAGUUCUAAAUUAAACACUUCUGAUACUGUAGAAGAGUUCGAGCCAAAUGUUCAAUUUGAACCAGUUGUACCAUUACCUGCUUUGAUAGAUCAAAAAACUGGUGAAGAAGAUGAAACAAUUUUAUUUGAACAUAGAGCCAAGUUAUUAAGAUUUGAUUCAACUGCAAAAGAGUGGAAAGAACGAGGACUUGGCAACAUAAAGUUGCUUGUGCAUAAAGAUAAUGUUCAAAAAGUUCGACUUAUAAUGAGACGAGAGCAAAUUAUGAAAGUGUGUUGUAAUCAUGCACUCUCAAAGGAAAUGACAUUCCAAAAAAUGCCUAACAUGGAUAAAGCAGUAACAUGGUGUGCCAAAGAUUUUUCAGAUGGUGAAUUAAUAUCUGAAACAUUCUGCCUGCGAUUUAAAACUGUUCAAAUAUGUGAUGAUUUUAUAGAGGCAGUUAAGGCUGCACAGUCCAAAAUGAAAGAUGAUACUAAAGCUGCUAAAGAAGAGCAAAAUGCUGCAAAGCAGAACACUCAAAUUGGAUUUGGUGAUCAAUUUAAACCUAAACCUGGAGCUUGGAAUUGCAGCAUGUGUUAUACAAAUAAUUUGGAAAGUUUUAAUAAAUGUGCUUGUUGUGAACAACCAAAACCCCAAACUAUACCAAUAUCAGGCACUACAGCUACACUGACUAACAUUUCAACAAUAGUACCCCCAAAAACCGCUACUGUCUUGACACCUACAAAUUGGGGUGACGCUUUCAAACCAAAACCGGGUACUUGGGAGUGUAAAGAAUGUUUAAUAAGAAAUGAAGCCACAGCCGAGAACUGUUCUGCAUGUAAUAGUGCAAAAGAUCCUUCGGUUAUCAAGUCUGGGAAAGUAGCAUCAGGCGAUGGAUUCAAAUUCAAAUUCGGAAUGCCAGCAAGCAAUCCAGAACCAAGCAAAGACACAUCUAUUUCUGGGAAAGUAGGAUGGGGAGACAAAUUCAAACCUAAAGAGGGUAGUUGGGAAUGUCAACAAUGUCUAGUCAGAAAUGAAGCGGAUAGUAAAAACUGUAGUGCCUGUAGUAGUCCCAAGAAUCCAAGUGCAGUUUCCACUGAAUCAAAUAGUAUUUUUGGGAUUGGUAGCUCUGGCAACUCUGGCCCAAAAUUUAGUUUCGGCAUUCCGGCAAAUUCUGCUAAGACUAUUACAUCGCAGAGUUCCAACCAAACGAGUUCUAUUUUCGAUGGGACUGGCGCACAUAAGUUUAGUUUUGGUAUUCCAUCUGCUACUGAAAAUAACUCUACCAAUAUUGUUACUUUCGGAGAACAACAAUCUCAGUCAAGAAAUGUUAUUAUUGCAACACCUAAAGCACCUGAUAACCAAGGUCCACUUAAUUUUUCUCUUAAGAUAAAUGAUCAAGGUGAUAUAAAUGUUACACCUAAAGUGGAAGCACAAAAAAAUGGAUCAAAUCAAACUCAAUUUGGUGGGACCUUCGAUUUUGUUUUUAAGCCUAAAACUCCACCAAAAGGCAAAAGCCCUUUAAAAUCUCCAAAAACUCAAAAAGGGGAGGAAAGUGAUGAUAAUGAAUAUGCUUCGGAAGAUGAAGGCCAUCACAUCCAUUUCAGCCCUGUGAUACCUUUGCCUGAUAAGGUGGAAGUAGUCACUGGAGAGGAAAAUGAAAAUGAGUUGUAUGGUCACAGAGCUAAAUUGUUCAGGUUUGUGUCAGGUGAAUGGAAGGAACGCGGCAUCGGCGUUGUGAAAAUUUUGAAACACAAAGAUACUGGAAACUUGAGGGUUGUUAUGCGACGGGAACAGGUUUUAAAGAUUUGUUUAAAUCAUGCUUUGACUUCUGAAAUAACAUAUACUCCAAAAGAUGACAAAACAUGGCUUUUCGCUGCAAACGAUUUUAGUGAAGGAGAAUUAAGCUUACAGCAAUUUUGUUUGAGAUUUAAAAGUAAAGAAAUAGCCACUGAAUUUAAACAGGCUAUUGAGAAUGCCAGAGGAAAUAAAAAACAAGAAACAAUCAAUAAAGGAGCCAAUAAUAAAAAGCAAGACAGUGACCCUGAAGAAGUUGUUUUUAUUAAUGAAAUACAAGCUUCAGCAGAAGAAAAACAAAAAGCUAAAGAACUCAUGCUGCCUGAGAACUUCUUCACAUAUAAAGUUAAAGAACCUUGCCAAGGUUGUCGUGGUUGUGAUUUAGAUGACAUAAAAACAUCUAGAAAAGCUGUCGUGUCCUCCGGAGUAUCUACUCCAGUCAAAACUUCAAUACCAUUAUUCAGCAGCCCUGCUAAUUCUUUUUAUGGCACUCCUACAAAUUUUGAUAAGACAACUGAUGUUUCUUUGUUCCGUACACCAUUAGGAUCACUGGGUUCAAAUACAAAUACAUCUUCACCUUUAUCUACAAAUAGCACUCUUACUAAGAAUGAUGAUACUACAAAUAAAGAAAAUAGUUUUGCUCAGAAACCUAACCUGUUUAGUAGCUUGCUAGAACAGAAAACUAUUUUUGGCACACCUCCAAACAACCCAAAUGAUAAAACAAAUAUUACUGAUACACAAACACCAACUUCUACAAAGACUUCGGGGAUAUUGGCACCACCUAAAUUAAGUACAAUGACUAAAACAGGUGAUGAAAAGCAAAAUGUAGAUCCCAAAUCUAUAUUUGCAGCAGCCCAAAAUAAUUCGGUGUUUGGUAAAAGCAACUCCUUGUUUGGUAACUUCAAUUCUGGGACCGAAAAUAAAUCUGUAUUUGGUUUCACUGCGGCAAACACAACUGAUGAUUCAGAAAAACAAGAUGUCAAAUCAGUAUUUGGCGGUGAUAUCCAAAAACCAGUUGGCUUAUUUAGUGGAAAUAGUAGUGGAUCAUUGUUUGGUCCAGAGGCAUUGAGUAAUAGUCAGACUAAACCUGUUGGCUCAAUAUUUGGAACUGGUGCAAUCUCUACUGCAGCUAGUAAUACUAGUCCCUCACAAGUUUUCGGAAAUAGAAGAUCUAUUUUUGGUAACAACCAAGCUCCUACAUGGACUUCAAAUGCUAUUAUUAAUGACCAGAAAAAACCAGAUGUUACUCCCCAAGAAUCUACAAUCAAAAAGACUGAAGAACCUAAGCUUGAUUCAGAAGAUAAGAAAGAUACUCCCUUCAAGGUGGACAAUAGCUUAUCAUUUGCUGCAUUAUCAUCUAGUGGCCCUGGAUUCAACCUUCAAAAAAAGGCUGACUUCCAAUGGGAAGGAGCAGGUCAACAACUCUUUUCUGCAGCCCAGAAAGAAGCCGCUAAUGCCCAAAAGAAUGAGAGUGGCGCCGGUGAUGAUACAGUGACAGGAGCAGACGAGGAGUAUGACCCGCAUUAUGAGCCCAUUGUUCCAUUGCCUGACAAAAUAGUUGUAACAACUGGAGAAGAGGAUGAGGAAAAAAUGUUUGGUGAACGGUGUAAAUUGUACCGAUAUGAUGAAAAGUCACGAGAGUGGAAAGAACGUGGUGUAGGAGAAAUGAAAGUAUUGUACCACCCUGAAAGGAAGACUUAUCGAUUGUUACUUAGACGAGAACAGGUACACAAAGCUGUGUUGAACAUGCUAAUUUUUAUGGAUCUUGAACUACUGCCGAUGAAGAAUUCCGACCGAGCGUGGACUUGGGCCGGCCGCAACUACGCCGAGACAGCCGCCGGUGAACAGGAGACGCUCGCCGUCCGGUUUAAAUCCGUCGAUCUCGCUACUGGUUUCCGUGACAAAAUCGUGGAAUGCGUUAGGAAAUUACAAGCUACCGCAGCUCAAGCAAUAAGGGAAGAGAAGGAGUCGAAUGAGACGCCGUUUACCACGGUUACUCCCCUCCGUUUGCCAAAGCAUUUGCAGGAUAGCGCGAGGGCAGAUAAAGCCAUGUCGGCUAAAGCAGAGGAGCAUACGCAAUCGCCCCCUGUACAACACCAACCUUUUUUCAAUGUGAAGACUGAAAUCAAACCUAAUGGACAAGUAAACAAACCCACCGAGGUUAUUGAAGUUUCCAGACAAGUCCACUUUGAGGAGCCUACUGAGGAGGAGGAACAGGAAGAAGAUGGCUAUGAACAUGAUUAUAAUGAAGACUAUGAUGGAUACUAUAAUGAGGAGGAUGAGGAGUCUGCGCCAUACUAUACUUGCGAAGGCUCGGCUUUUAUUCAACACGGCACCUCUAGUUCAACAUGCGAAAACGCACACGUUCAGGUGCUAUUCGACCAGGAGAUGUACUCACCGAAGAUUCUCGUCACUGAUGCCGAUACUGGCGAGAUACUCGCCGACAUGCUCAUACACACCGAUACAGAGUUCCAGAUGUCUGGCGACUCGUGCACAUGGUCCGGUACAGAUUACACCAGCAAUGAGCCUGUAGAUAAGACCGUCACCCUUAAUUUCCAAGACUCCGACACUACCAUGCAGUUCUACGAUAGUUGCGAGACUAGUAAAGCCGCCACAUAUUCGUCAACAGAUCAAGAAACAUAG